AUGUUGAAAUGCAUACCGGAAAAGAGGCUUCCUAUUGUGUUCGCCCAGGCGAUCUCCAUAGUGCGCAGACUAGAAAUCCGAUAUCUCUGGAUCAACUCUCUCUGUAUCAUCCAAGGCGACCAGACCGACUGGGAAACCGAGUCAGCCAAUAUGCAUGAAUAUUACUCCAACGCCUUCCUGAACAUUUCUGCUGCGUCGUCUACUGACCAUAGCACCCCGUUCUUGACAGACCGGGACCCCAUCUGGCACCCCUUUGAGGUCAACACCAUCUCGCCACAACGCCUUUAUGCGCGACGGGUUCCCAAAACAAUAGGCCUAUCCGAUAAGGGCGGUAAGCUUUUCACAAGAGCUUGGGCAUAUCAAGAAGCGGCUCUUUCCCCACGCUCUGUUCACUUUGCAAACGACGACCUGGUCUGGGAAUGCCGCCACCAUGUCAAGGGCCAGCAUGCUGAGCCGCGGGGCCUGAUGAUGAGCGGCGCGGUAGGGAAUGCAGCAAAGCUUCCCAGGUGUACGUACGCCCAACUGCCGCUCCCUGGCUCUCAUGCCGCCUGUUUCAUUUGUACUGACCCCCGCCUUGUCCUGGUAGUAUCCGCGAUUCACGAUGAUAUCGAUCAGACAUGGCAUGAAAUCGUCGAGGGUUACAGCAGUCGUGACCUGACCUUCCCGUUGGAUAGACUACCCGCCCUCGCCGGUGUGGCUGCUCUAUACUCUCGAGCCACUCAAAGGCGUUAUCUCGCCGGCCUGUGGGAUGGUCCCUCUCUGCCACGCCAUCUGUCUUGGGAAGCCAACUAUUACCCACAACUCGACAGAGAAUCCCUGCUUCAACCUUCGGUGUACAUUGCGCCUUCGUGGUCUUGGGCCUCCAUAAUGGGACCCGUGCAAUGGGCCUUGCCGCGCAGCAUCGCUCGCAAAUUCAAGUCGUGCGCAACGAUUCUAGAAGCUACGUGCGACCUCUCUGGGCUGAUGACCUAUGGAAGAGUCAGCGGCGGCCGUCUAUCUCUCAGAGCACCCGCUAUUUGUCGGCGGUUAUCCUGCCCAGAACCUCAAGGUCUUCUGGAAGACCUUGACUUUUAUACCAUAGAAGGCUUCUCGUCUUUCCUCCCUGACUGUCUGUUGGAGACUAACGGCGAAAGCAUGCAGCGGGUAGUGUCAGCCGCCUCAAUAAACAACCCACAGUACAAAAGCCACGGUGGUAAGGUCUGGUGCGUCCUACUUGGGUACCACGACCUAGGACUGGGAGAAGAGCCGGAUGACGAUGAUUUGCUGCCACGUGCUCUUGUCCUCGGCAAGACUGGAGAUGUCUAUGUCCGCCUUGGCCUUAUUCCAGAGUUGUUGGACGAGCCUAAUCCUUUCCUUGACGCUCCAGAAAUGGAAUUUACUAUCAUCUGA